UAAAGGGAAAGAUGAAGCUGGUGUAACAAAGAUGGGAGGGGCGGAGGGAAAGCAUAUAGUAGGGGGCUCAGAGCAAACAUGGGGACACUGUCUUCUUGAGCUAAGGUGUUCCUGAGGAGAAGACUGGGCUUCAAGUUCUACUCUCUGCUGAUCUUCUACAUCUCACAGGGAAAGAUCUGGACUGCUAUGAAAUUUAUCAUCUAUUUAAGUGUCAUUGUUGGGAUAUUUUUCUCUGCUCAGUCAUCUGCGCAGAAAGAAGACCAUGCUCCCUAUUUGGUAUACCUCAAGUCUCACUUCAACCCCUGUGUAGGUGUCCUUAUCAAAAACAACUGGGUGUUGGCCCCAGCUCACUGCUACUUACCAAAUCUGAAAGUGAUGCUGGGAAAUUUCAAGAUCAGAAUCAGAGAUGGGACAGAGCAGGCAAUUAACCCUGUCCAGAUUAUCCGUUAUUGGAACUACAGCCAUAGCUCCCCCCAGGAUGACCUCAUGCUCAUCAAGCUUGCUAAGCCUGCUGUCCUCAACACCAAAGUCCAGCCCCUUCCCCUCGCCACCAGCAACGUCUGGCCAGGCACUGUCUGUCUGCUUUCAGGUUUGGACUGGAGCCAUGACAACAGUGGCCGACACCCUGAUUUAAGGCAGAACCUGGAGGCCCCUGUGAUGUCUGAUAAAGAGUGCCAGAAAACCGAACAAGGAAAAAGCCACAGAAACUCCUUAUGUGUUAAAUUUGCGAAAGUGUUCAGCCGAAUUUUUGGGGAGGUAGCUGUCGCUACUGUCAUCUGCAAAAACAAGCUCCAGGGGAUUGAGGUCGGACAUUUCAUGGGAGGCGAUGUCGGCAUCUACACGAAUGUUCACAAAUACAUACACUGGAUUGAAAGCGUCACUAAAGACAAAUGAGACCCCACUACUCCCUCUGAGUCCCACUGGCUCCACCAUCAACUCUACAGGCCAUUACUUUCCCCGAACUCAAAAUAAAAUGUCCGAAUAGAAAUAUUUGGGUGCUUCACACCAAUGGCCUCUGUUUUCCUGUUUGUGCCUUUGCCCACGGAUCAUAGUGAUGAGAAGAACCAAGAACAAUACAUGAAGUGAGCACUUACUAAACUGUACUGGCUUAUAUCUAUUGUCUCAGUUAAUGCUCAUAACAAACCUUUGAGGUUAUCUUUUAUCUCCACUUUUGUAAAUGAGAAAAGUGAGACUAAAAGACGUUAUUUAACAUUAUCUGUGACUGAUAGAUAUCAGAGCCUGGAAUGGAACACCAAAAUGUCAGAUUCUCAAUCCUAUGCUCUUAGCCUCAAAAUUAAAGGGGAGUCCAUGGCACCCCAACAUAUGUUGGGUUCUAUUUUCCUGCUAGCUCUCUUAUCAUUCAAAGGGCUUGUAGCCCUCACUUGCGGCUAAGACCUUGGGUAUUGGAAUAAGCUCUCCUAAGAAUGGUCAUACUUCAUCUCA